GUCGAAAAUCGGCGCGGUGCGAUGGAUUUCAGCUCGGCUGGAUAUCCAGCGAGCCGCGCCACGCCAUCCAAAUGGAUGAGGCGUUCGGCAUUCACGACCGGAUUUUGGAGUGGUGCCGCGCCAUUCGGAUGAAUGGAGCGCCCGUGAAUGGCGGCCCUAACGUUGAUUUGUUUGUGUUUUGAAGCAAAAUGUGUCGAAAUUCUCUGAAUUUGUUUGUGUCGAAAUGAAUGAUCAUAGAUAGAAGGAAAAAUGUGUGGUGUCAAAUCUUUUGAAGUCCCUUGUGAUUUUGAACUUUUACAUGUGUCUGUAAUAAACAAUAUUGAUUAUUUUUAUUUCCUCCGUGACAAAUACUGGUAUGCGAAUAAAUUCGUAACACUUUUGAAAGAAUUACUUGGCCAUGUGCAUUGGUACGAGAAAAAUUUGAAAUUGCUGUAUGAGGAAGCACAUCGCUACGACGUCAGCACUCGAUCUCAAGGCAAUGGUUUUAGAAGUUUUAUUCUAAUAUUUGAACGAUGUUUUUCGGAUUGUUACGAUUUUUGCAAAAGUCUUAUCAAUGCCCGAAAUUCAUACUUCUUCAGAGCCAAUUUGUAUCUUACAAAAUGCGAAAGUCUAGUUGGCGUCUUGGAUGGGUUGAGACCUGGUUUAAAUUACUUAGAGAAAAUACUAACCGAAAAUAAAAGUACUGGAAAUUUGAUGGCUGACAAAAUUUUUACUGCUGAAGAGUUAAUGACUGAGUGUGGGGCGAUUAACCAGUUAGGUUUUUAUGGAAUACACCAAGGUUUUUAUUACUGUACUUCUAUGCAGAGAAUACUUCAAGGUGUUGGAAUUAUUAUGGCGACUUUCAGCGAUUUGUAUCAGAAUUCAGGUGGACCAUUAUCACGAGCAGUGCUGGCUGUUCUGAAUGGUCUAAAGUACAUUCUUAAUCCUAGUUUAAGAGCUCAACAAAUCGUCAAUGUUGCUCAAAAUUCGUCAGUAGAGUUUUUGAAAGCAUUUUGGAGCCUGAGCGAGACUCAUUUUAUGAAAAAGUUGCCUGGUUGGGUCUGUCCUAAAUUAGAUGUGAGAAAAGAAAUCAUUAUUCCUUCUGAAUCUAUUAACCUCAACAGUAUAGAUUCAGGAGAUAUUGUUACAAUACCAGCACCUUCAUCACAUAUACCACCUGCUCCAGUUAGAUGUUUGCUUCUGAGCUGUUUCCAGAAAGAAGGGCUGGAUUUGAAUACUGAAACAGAGUCAUCAACAAGGAAGAAAUCUCCUUAUUUAUUAUUCCAUGUUCAUGGAGGUGGCUUUAUUUCUCAAACUCCUGAAUCACAUGAAAUUUAUUUGCGGCAUUGGGCCUAUGAUUUAAAAGUGCCUAUUCUUUCUGUUGAUUAUAACCUUUCUCCUGAAGCUCCCUUUCCCAGAGCCUUGGAAGAAGUGCUCUUGGCAUAUGCAUGGGCUCUUAAUAAUGCUGAGAAAUUAGGUUGGACUGGGAAAACUAUAUGCUUUGCUGGAGAUAGUGCUGGUGGUAAUCUUUGUAUGGGUAUUGUAUUGAAGACAAUUUCCUUAAAUAUUAGGCGUCCAGAUGCUGUAUUAUGUGCAUAUACACCUCUUAUACUUGAUCUAGUGCCAUCUCCUUCCCGACUAUUGUGCUGGCUCGAUCCUCUUUUACCACUUGGAUUUAUGAUUAGCUGCUUAGAUGCAUAUGCAGGAGAUAUGCAAACGGAUGGGGACGAAUAUGAUGAUGAGCGUAGUCGUGCUUCUUCUGCACCAAGAUCUAGAAAAAUAUCUUCCAUUAGUGAAAUACUGGAUUCCAGUUUAAUGUUUAUAAGACAGUGUGAUUGGAUUGAAGUUGAAGCAAAUGAGCCUCCUGUGUCUGGUUUAGAUAUUCAAGAGCUUGUUCACCGAAAGAAAUCAGUAUCUAAUUUUUUAAAUGAUUAUAUUUGUGAAUUCUUCAAGAAUUACAGUUCUGAGACAGAAGAUUAUGAGUCUGAUGAUGCAGAACAUACAGACUUUUCUAUAUUCAGUAUUCCACAAGAUAUAAUUUUUGAUUUGAAAACGAAAUUUCGCAUGCUAUCUCAUAUUGGCUUGAAUAAACUCACUAAGGCAGUGAUGUCUACUACUUUGUAUCAAAAAGUCAUUUCACCAUUACUGCCUAUUCAGAGCUUGAAUUUUCAACCAAAACUACAAUCUGACUGCUCAUUUAAACCAGACAUUUUGCAGAAAAUCAAGAAGCUGAAAAUAAUUUCAAGGAAUCCAUUUAUGUCUCCAUUGUUAGCGCCAGAUGAACUUUUAAGACAUAUGCCACCACUUUAUUUUAUAUCUCUGAAUUUUGAUCCUUGCCUUGAUGAUUCGAUAACAUUUGCUAAGAGACUCAAAAGCUUAAAUUGCCAUGUGGUUUUGGAUGUGCUAGAUGGACUUCCACAUGGAUUUCUCAAUUUUCUUCCAUUCAGUCAAGAAGCUCACAAUGGCUCAAAUCUUUGUGUCAAACGACUGCUUGAAGCAAUGAAAUUACAUUCCUAAGAAAUAUAUUUAUAAUUGCUAUAAAUUUAUUUAUUUUAACUCUAUUAUUUUUUUAAACUACUUAUUUACAUGUUAUUUUUUUAAUUAUUUUAUUUAAUAAAUGUUAUGAUAUUAAAGAAAAAAUAAAUUUCUUUUUAAUCGUACUUUAUGUGGACGAAUUUCAUAUAAAAAAAAACCUCAAAAAAAGACUCAAAAGAGGAAAAGUGUAAUUUAUAUAGUUAGAAAAAAUUACAUAAGUAGAUUGCUGUCUCAAAGUCUGAGAGUAUCAAGUGUUGGUUUAAAAAAAAAAAUGCUGCUAUGUUUACGCAUUAUGCUAAGACAGGGGUUCUCGAACUUUUUCGACUUCC